AAAGAAGCACUAAAAGGUCACAAUUGUGUGUUGAUUUACAAAUCAGAGACAGAGGGAGAUGAAAACCACACUCCAGACAGUGACUUAAUUGAACUCACCACCAAGAUGUUAAAAGUGAAGAGGUUGGAAGAAUUUAACACAUGUUGCAACAGCAGCCAGCUGGAAAAAAUGGCCUUUUUUCAGUGCAUGGAAGAGGUUGAGAAAGUAAAAUGUUUUCUGGAAGAAAAUUCUGGUGAACAGGACUCAAGAUCUGGAAAGAGUGAGGCUAAAGAGAAGAUGUGGUCAGAUUCUGGCCUGAUGGAAAGGACAUCUGUCAAAGGCAGAAGGACAUCAGCCCUCAUAGAUGAUAUCCCAGCUCCUCCUGCCCCGUUUGACCAUCGUAUUGUGACAGCCAAACAAGCAGCAGUCAACAGUUUCUAUACUGUGAGCAAAACAGAAAUUUUAGGAGGAGGGCGUUUUGGCCAGGUUCACAAGUGCGAAGAGACAGCCACAGGUCUGAAGCUGGCAGCCAAAAUCAUUAAGACCAGAGGCACAAAAGAUAAGGAGGAGGUGAAGAACGAGAUCAGCGUCAUGAACCAGCUGGACCAUGCGAACCUCAUCCAGCUCUACGAUGCCUUUGAGUCUAAGAAUGACAUUGUCCUGGUUAUGGAAUAUGUGGACGGUGGGGAGCUGUUCGACCGCAUCAUUGAUGAAAACUGCAACCUAACAGAGUUUGAUACCAUCCUGUUCAUGAAGCAGAUAUGUGAGGGGAUCCGGCACAUGCACCAGAUGUACAUUCUCCAUUUGGACCUGAAGCCUGAGAAUAUCCUGUGUGUGAAUCGGGAUGCUAAGCAAAUAAAAAUUAUUGAUUUUGGAUUGGCCAGAAGAUACAAACCCAGAGAGAAACUGAAGGUGAACUUUGGAACUCCAGAGUUUCUCGCUCCUGAAGUUGUGAACUAUGAUUUUGUUUCCUUUCCUACUGACAUGUGGAGUGUGGGGGUCAUUGCCUAUAUGCUACUUAGUGGUUUGUCCCCUUUCCUGGGCGAUAAUGACGCAGAGACGCUGAACAACAUCCUGGCCUGCAGGUGGGACUUAGAGGAUGAAGAAUUUCAGGACAUCUCAGAGGAGGCCAAGGAGUUCAUCUCCAAGCUUCUGAUUAAGGAGAAGAGUUGGAGAAUAAGUGCAAGUGAAGCUCUCAAGCACCCUUGGUUGUCAGACCACAAGCUCCACUCCAGACUUAACGCACAGAAGAAGAGAAAUUACAGCUCUGAUGCCCAGGACCUUGUGACCAAAUAGUCUACAGGAGACUCCUGUUUGAAAGGAAAACUGCUGCGGUUGCUGCUGCUUUGAGAAGAUUUUUGGAAAAAUCAGCAGUUCUGAUGCCUUGACCCCUGGGAUGACUGGCGGCCAUAGCAGGGGUAGCCUUUGAACUUGAACUUGAACUUGAACUAGAGUAUCUCGACCAGCUCAGGGGAGAUACA